AACUUGUGUAAUUUCCUCCACCCUCACCCAGGAAUCGGAAAUAACGAAAAUAGCGGAGACUGCGAUGCUGCGAUGUUGUGAUUGUGAUAUUGUGUAGAGUUGGUCAGUUGUGCAUCGGGUGUCUAACUUAAUUUGAACCGCUGCGUUUUAGUGGCGCACUUUGCACACAAGAAAAUGUCGAGAUCGAACGAACGACUUCGUGAUGUGCUACAAGAGACAAAAUAUUUCUUGGCAGCAACCUUAGAAGGAGAAAGCUUGUCUCCUUCUGUUUUCUUAACUAGAGGAAAGCUUCUGCAGAAGCUGGAACAGCUGGAAAAGGAUGUUCCACAUCUCUUUUACGUCAUGGGAUCACCUUCCCGACAGCUCUCGAGCCCCUACGUAGAUAUGCAGGCCGGUGUGGCUCUGCCUACUUCCCAAGACUCGAGUCUGGAAUAUGUGUACUCUGACACAGCCGUGACCAUGGAUGGAGGAUCAGAGGAGACACAAGUCGAGAACAGGUCCUUUCUAGAGGAGGACGAAGUCCUUGGAAUACCCAUCAUUGAUGUCCCAGCUUCAGACCUCUCCAAGGCUGAGAAGACUGGCUACUUGGAGAAGAAAGGCAAAGAGCGACUGGGUGGCCUGCUGAGCACUUAUCAGAGGCGCUGGUGCGCCAUCCGUGACGGAGUCCUCUACAUAUAUGACAAACCAACAGACAAGCGGCAGAGAAGUCACAUCCUUUUGUCCAAAUACGAGGCUCGCCCGUUCCCCAUCAAGGACAGCUCCAAGAAGGACGCCAUCUUUGAGAUUGUCUGCCCCGGAAGGAAAACAUACCAGUUUGUUGCCUUCAACACAAAAGAUAUGAAACAGUGGAUAUCAGCGAUUGAGAGAAACAGCAUAAAGGUGACCUCACCAACUUCUAGGGAGGAAGCUCCGCAGCCCUGCGAGCCCCCGAUGUCUCAGACGAGCCCUGACGAGCCCCCGACAAGUCCCGACCUCUCGUAUGAGGAUCUGUCAACUGAACCCCUUUAUGAGGAUGGAGAGAGCUUUCUUGAACGUGAGGAAAAGGAAGACUGGUACAUGGGACUGUGGGACUGCAUUGGCGACCACCCUGAUGAGCUCUCUUUCAAGAGGGGAGACCUUCUGAAGGCUGUCAGCAGGGAACAUCCGGCUUGGUGGCUGGCACAGACGCAACAUGGAGAGACAGGCCUCGUUCCCUCUUCCUACCUCAUGAACGCCUUCGAAAGGGUUGAGGAGUGAAGUGAAAGGUAUCCCUGAGUGUCAGUGAAGAAGCCUUAGAAACGUGUGUGUUCAUUAGUGCUUCAACGAGGGAGAAAGUGACAAAAGCUCCCGAAGCCAGUCGAAGCUGCCUCAUUUUGAACUUCUCAGGUGAAGCGAAGAUGAACGAUGGGCAGCACAUUGCGAACCUCUGUAGUCCCAGUGAAUCCCCACUCCAGUCUCUGUCAUAAUCAGCAGUCGAGCCAUCACUGCAAUCAGUUUGAAUUCAUUAAUUGCCAGUGUUUUGAAAUAAUCAUGGAAUCUCUCACGUUUUGUUUGCACCACGACAUACUGCUAAUUGUGUGGUGCGCCAAUUUUUGCCAAAGCUGAUCUACAUACAUGGCCUCUGAACCCAACUGCCACCCACCCCAUCCCAAAGGGGCUGGCUGGGACACGUGUCUACUCUAGUCAGAACAAUAUUCUAGGACCAUUGCUGUCCUUGUACUAAGAUGCGAGUCUGGGAAGCUAUAACGCACACCAAAUUGUUUACACCUUUAUUGGAAGUUUUGUUAGCUACUUUGCAUGUCUCUGUGAAACCCUUGUGUGCUCACAUAAAGAACAGCCUGAUGUACAGAC